ACACUUUUUAGCUUAAUCUGGUAAAAACUGGUUCUGUUGUGAAAAUUUUUUGUUUUACUUUCCCCAAUAUCGUUAUGCGUUUAACUUAGUGAAACAUUGAAUAGUGAUAUAAGAAAACAUAACAAGAGUGUGAACACGCACAUACACAUUUGUGUGCGAACUACAAGUGAGAAAGAAAAGUCGCGCGCGAGAUAUCUGUGUACCAGUAGAUUACAAUUCAGUCUGCGUAAACGGUGCAAUUGCAUAAAGGCUACAAAAUGCUCCGUUUAAUAACGAACAAGUUAUCUAAAUGGAGCCUCAGAAGUAAUCGAGCAAGUGCUACGAGAACAUUUAAACGAGAAUUGAAUGAGACAACGAAUACUGAUAUACCCAGUAGUGCAGAUGUUGUAAUAAUAGGUGGUGGCAGUGCAGGUUGCAACGCGCUUUAUCAAUUAGGAAAACGCGGCGUCAAUGCGGUACUUUUAGAUAAAUCUAAACUUAUAUCCGGUACAACUUGGCACACAGCAGGUCUCGUAUGGAAUUUACGCGGAGUGUGCGAUGUAGAAAUGGAAUUGCUGAAAGCUUCACGAGUGCUUUACGCAUCCCUGCAGGAGAAAACGGGUGUAAAUCCGGGGUGGAUAAACAACGGUGGACUCCUCAUUGCUCAUUCUCCAGAACGAAUAGCUGAAUAUGAAAGAUUGGUCACCGUCUGUAAGAACUUUGGAAUUGAUGCGUACAUGAUUGAUCCGGCCGAAACAAAGAAAAAAUUUCCUCUCUUAGAUGAAAGUGCAUUUGCGGCUGCAAUAUAUUCUCCAGCGGACGGUACCAUAGAUCCUGCCAUGUUAGUAAAUGCACUAACAAAAUCGGCUACAAGCAACGGUUGCAAGAUAAUCGAGAAUUGCCCAGUGACCAAGAUUCUCGUCGAAGAUAUCAACGGUCACAAAACCGUUCGUGGUAUAGAAACACCUCGCGGUAUUAUAAAAACCAAUGUGAUAUUGAACGCAGCGGGAGUGUGGUCUAGGUCAAUAGCACAAAUGGUAGGACUGGACAUCCCGUUGAUACCGAUGAAACAUGCGUACAUCGUCACCGAGCCGAUGGAUGUGCAGGGGUUGCCGAACAUCCGAGAUCCCGAUCUCAGUAUCUACUUUCGCGUGCAGGGUGGAAAUAUAAGUAUCGGUGGAUACGAGCCGAAUCCUAUCAUUUUGAAAUCUGCGCCAGAAGACUUUUCCUUCAGUUUGUACGAGCUGAAUUGGGAUGUGUUCAAUACACAUGUUGAAGCGAUGAACCGACUGAUCCCCGCUUUGACAACUACGGGAAUAAGAACGACGGUGUGCGGUCCGGAAAGUUUUACUCCUGAUCACAGACCUAUUAUGGGUGAAGACCCACGCUGCACAGGUCUCUAUUAUUCCUGUGGAUACAACAGCGCCGGCAUGAUGUUUGGAGGUGGUUGUGGAGAGCAAAUAGCGUUGUGGAUAAUCAACGGGCGACCGGACAAACACAUGUUUACUUUUGAUAUUAGACGAUAUACAACAGAACAAAGAAAAAAUUUCGUUUGGAUAAAAGAGCGAAGUCACGAGGCUUAUGCGAACAAUUAUGAUAUUCUCUUUCCACAUGAUGAACAUUUAAGUGGCAGAAAUUUGAAGACAGAUCCUUUCCACGAUUUUUUCGUGAAACAAGGAGCCGUCAUGGAAGAACGACAAGGAUGGGAACGUCCAGGAUGGUUUCUUUUAGAUAAUAAAACAGCUCCAGUUUUACCUUACGAUUAUGGCGGUUAUAACGAUAUUCCGAAAAAUACAAAUGACACAUAUGCCGAUAUAUUAAAAAUGGAACGUACAUUUAACUUCCCGCCACACGACAAUAUUAUACGGGAAGAAGCACUUUCCUGUAGGAACAACGUCGCUUUAUUUGAUCUGUCAUAUUUUGGAAAACUUUACAUAUGUGGUCCAGAAGCGAGUAAAGCGGUAGAUUAUAUAUUUGCGUCUCAAGUAGAUCGAAAAAUCAACAGGACCGUUUACACUUGCAUGUUGAAUGAAAAAGGAGGUGUCGAAGGAGACUGCACUGUGACUGGUUUAGAAUCCGGCACGGGUGGUUUAGUCGAUCCCAUAUUUAAGGGAAAAUCAUUUUACAUUGUAAGUGGAGGUAUGUCAUUGUAUCAUACUUGGGCGCACAUUAACAAAGUGAUAAGAGAAAAAAACUUCAACGUAUCGGUACACAAUGUUACAGAGCAGAUAGGAAUUUUAUCGAUUCAAGGUCCAAACAGUUGUCAGGUUCUUCAAUUGUUGGUGGAAGAUGAUCUCUCAAACGAAUCAUUUCCAUUCUCAACCUCAAAACUAGUACGAAUUAAUGAUGAAUUAGUACACAUGUUCAGACUUAGUUUUGUGGGUGAACUUGGUUUUGAAUUGCAUAUUCCAAGAAGCUCAUGUCAAAAGGUUUAUAAAGCUGUAAUGGAGUGUGGUAAAAAAUACGACAUGAGAUUAGCUGGUUAUAGAGCGCUCUACAGUUUAAGUUGCGAAAAAGGAUAUCAUCUCUGGGGCGCAGACUUAAGAUCAGACGACAAUCCAAUAGAAGCGGGUUUAGAAUUUGUCUGUCGCAGUAAUGGAAAUUAUUUAGGAAAGGCUUCUGUCGAAGAGUGUCGUACAAAUGGAAUUAAAAAACGACUAGUACAUUUACAUAUAAAUGACGAUAUACCGUUAUGGGGUAUGGAAAGUGUUUACAGAAAUGAUCAAUUAGUCGGUUAUUUAAGAAGAGCUGAACAUGGAUACACUUUUAAGAGCAGUAUUGGACAGGCAUAUAUCAGAUUACCAAAUGGACAAAAUAUUACAAAAGAAUUUUUGGAAACUGGUACUUACCAGAUAGAAGCAAGGGGAAAAAAAUAUCCCGCUAAGAUAUAUCUUCAGAGUCCAUUUGAUCCAGAUAACAAGAGGAUGUUAGGUGUAUAUACAAUGUAAAAUUAAUUAUCACUGUUUCUUCUGACUUAAGAAUAUCUGUGAAAAAUACUUUUAUAAUUUUUUUACUUAUUAAAACAUUGCUUGAUAUUUUGUGUAAA